AUCAGCAACAGCCAUGACCAUGAGCAGCAUGCAGCAUCUUUUCUUUUUCCCACCCAUUCACCAUGCUCCCGUUCUCCCUGUUACUCCUUAUUGUUCCCGUCCUUGCCCAACAGAAUCCCGAGCAGGACUCGGUUGACGACUAUGCUCCGAAGGUGAAUCAGCAGUGCCCAGAUAUCACGAACACUGAUUUUAUCCGCGCUUUCACGCCAUCGAAUCAAACCCUUCACCCGCAAGAAGCGGAGUACAUACGGACGCGUAAUUCAACGGUUAUCUCUCCUGCAUGGCUUGACUGGCUCGGAAACGGGUCCCAGCUCGGUUAUGAUAUUGGUAGAUUUCAAGGUCACUUUCCUACCAUUGGUAUCGCAAUACCUGGAGGUGGUCUACGGUCAGCCCAGUUUGGCGCAGGAGCGCUUAAUGCUUUGGAUGCGAGGAAUGAUACGGCUAAAUCUAUUGGAACUGGAGGCUUGCUGCAGGUGUCUUCCUAUAUUGCUGGCUUAUCAGGCGGCUCAUGGGUAACGGGUUCUCUUUUCUUCAACAACUUUCCCACCAUCAAUGAUCUCGUCUUUGGAAAUGGUGACGACCUUGCCGGUUGGCUACUGGAUCUUCCUUUCGCAACACCGGACGGUACCGACAUAUUCUCCGACAACAAUCAGUACUUUUUCGGAAGCAUCCUAUGGAGCAUCAUGGCUAAAGCAAACGCGGGGGUUGACACGAGCAUCACCGACCCAUGGUCGCGCAUGAUCUCAUACCAUUUUCUCAAUCAAACCGAUCGGAUGAACUUUUUUACGAAUGACACAGGCCACGGUGCAGGCCAGCUAUGGAGUCACAUACCCGACAUCCCCGCCUUUCAGAAUCACCAAUUUCCCUUCCCUCUCGUCGUCGCUGAUUCCCGUCCCGUUGGAUCCAAUCUAACUACUACUUUGGAUCUUGAUGCGGUGGUGUACGAAAUUACACCAUUUGAACUAGCUUCAUACGAUCCGAACCUUUCAGCUGCCGUCAAUCUUUCCUUUGCGGGUACCCAUCUCUCUAAUGGAAAGCCGGAAAAUGGAUCUGCUUGUGUGAGCGGUUUCGAUCAGGCAGGUUUCGUGAUGGGAAGCAGUGCCAGCUUGUUUAACCAAAUCUUGGACUUUGCUCGGAACACUCUGAAUGGGUUUUCCAGCGACGACAGCAGCGGUAUUCUCUACGUGCUUUCGCGUCAGUUACAGGAAGUACGCACCCGCGCAGAUGACGUGGCCAACUGGCCUAAUCCUUUUAAUGGCAUAAAGAGCGACACCUUCGUUGAUUCAGAUAAAGAUUGGCUGGAGCUCAUCGAUGGCUCUUCAAAUCAGGAGAAUAUACCAUAUGGUCCACUGUUCGUCAAGGUCCGUGGGUUAGACGUCAUAGUCACCUUGGAUUCUAGUGCAGACCAAGUGAAUGACUGGCCAAACGGCACGGGUUUACUGUUCAGUGCGAAGCGGCAAGCAAAUCAACUUCUGCCGUCACAUCAACAGUUUCCGCCUAUUCCUCAGACACCGGAGGCGUUCAUUGAUGCGGGUGUCAACUUGCGACCCACAUUCUUUGGAUGUGACCCUGUACAAGAUCCUCAGGAAUAUCCUCUCGUUAUCUAUAUUCCUCAAGCACCACCAUUCAAUGGGGAUGAUCCAGUCAUUAAUUCUGCCACUUUCCGUCUUACGUACACCCAAAAGCAUACUCGCCUCUUCCUUGAUCAAGUCUUCAAUAACACCAUCUCAGGUUUCACUCCCAACACUACUUUAGCCGAUCCGGACUUUCCUAUAUGUUUGCAAUGCGCUUCCGUUGACCGAGCACGCUACAAAGUAUCAUCUAAUGCGACUAUCGCUCGCUCAUCGAUUUGCGAGCAGUGUUUUAAGCAGUACUGUUACGAUCCACAGAACCCACCAAGCGUUUCCGAAUUACCAGACAGAAAGUACACAUUUGUCGAUCCGGAUCCGCAAGGAUUGGAUAAGAUUACCACAUUUCUGAGCCAGAGUAAGUUCAAGCUCAUCGGGGGGUUGGUAGGGCUGGCCGCCUUUAUGGGACUGCUGGUAGGAGGACUGAUCUGGUGGAGGAAGCGCCGGGAGAAAAAAUUGAAUGCGGAAUAUAAGAGAAUCAGUGCUUUGCACGAGGAUGAUACUCUCAAGAGAUUCUCCGAUUAUGUGCGCCCCGAGGCGUCAUAUGCAUCAUACUUCUCGUAUGAACUACCGGGGUAUCGGGGAUCUCAGUGACAUUCGGUUUCCAUCUGUUUGGUCCCGAGAGGGAAUUGGCUCUCGUGUUGUUUUGUUAUCUUCCUGGACCUAUGUUUGCACCUUUCCUUUGCUAUAGGCCCUAUACCCCAUCAGACAUUUUGAUGGUAUCAAUACUAGAUACGGAACAUGUAUAUGUACGAUAUAAAUAGGAAUGCAAGCCCACAUUAUCUCACCCAGUGUCAUUCGCCAUCCACUGGUAUCGUGUCUAGUGUACGUGGAUAGAGGCCAGUAUCCUUCGAUUGGGGAAGAUAAUGACUCAUGCUCUGAUUAAAGUCGGUCAGCGGCAGUCGGUGUACUCGUGUGAUGGUCGUCUUUGGCUUGUCAUGCACUACAACGGACUUGUACAUGUCAAUUUCGUUCAGCAGCUCCCGUUUCUGCGAAACAAGAGCCUCAUGCUCCCGCGUUAA